AUGCUCUCAAAAGCGAAGAACGACUUAGCAACACCGGCGCCAGGCCUCCUCCCAUCUGACCGGCCGCCGGAUCCUCUGGAUCCCUCUGUUCUUGUCAAUGUCCCAGGGGCUAUGGAAAGCACGGCUCCGUCCAUUGCUGUGUCAGAUAUGGUUAUUGAUUUUGCUAUUUUGCCUGUGCAGGUGUCUCCGGCGGAUGCAACGCCAAAACAGGGAUCCCACCCUACGCCAAUGGAGGUCGCGGAAAACCAGGCGAACGAGAAGAAACCAGUGCAGGCGUUCACCUAUGCUAAGGCGGUAGCGAACUUGCCGACACCAAUGACAUCUCCUAACCAGCUGGCUGUGUGGACUCCGGUGGGGGAACACGAUCUAAUAACAGGGAGUCGAAAUGGCGAGCCGGCGUUGACAAUUUCGUCGGAAUUCAAGGCGAAGAUAUGCGCGCCAUGGCAGCGCUCGUUGGUUAUUAGGCUGCUUGGGCUGAGGAUUGGCUUUAUCACUCUUUGUAACCGACUGAAAAGCCUCUGGAGACCGGCCGAAAAUAUGGAAAUCAAAGAUUUGGACCAUGACUGUUUUCUAGUCAAACUUGAUAACGAGCAGGACUACUUCCGGGCUCUGACCGACGGGCCAUGGGUGAUCUUUGAUCACUAUUUAGUUGUGCAACAGUGGACUCCAAGCUUCAAAGCCUCCGAUCCUCUCCCGAAGACCAAUAUCGUCUGGGUCCAGCUUCCGGCUUUGAAGAUUCACUUCUACCACAAAGAGGUAGUGACAACGAUUGGAAACCUAAUUGGGAGAACGAUCAAGCUUGAUUACCAUACUCUUACACAACAGCGGGCGAAAUUUGCCCGGUUAGCGGUGGAGGUUGACUUGUCGAAGCAAUUGGUUCCCCGAAUCUGGCUUGAUGAUGCCUGGCAAAAUGUAGAAUACGAAAACCUCCCUGAAGUUUGCUUCGAAUGCGGAAGGAUUGGGCAUUGCUCUGCCAUGUGCCCGCUCCUCAGACCCGCCGCUUUGCCGAAUGCUGUGGUGGUCGCCGGAGGGGAUUCACCGGCGGUUUCGCCGAUCGACGAGGAAGAGACCAACCCGGGCUUUGGGCUGUGGAUGCUGGUCUCCAGGAAAUCACGGCGGAAUCCACGGGAUAGUCAGCGGAAAGGGAAAGUUGAGAAGGAUAAUGGAGGGCAAAAUCUGGGGCCAGGACAUAAACAAGGAAAGCGUGGCUCAGGAGGGAAGGAAGGAAGCCAAGAAUUACCUAGUCAAGCCGUCUCCAACGGCCCUCUGCUCCCGAGGAGCCAAACACAGGAAAGGAAAGUCUUUAAUGGCCUGAAGAACAACUCCGAGGCAAAGAAGGGAGUUGAAUCGGGCGGAGGCGAUUUUGGGGGAAAGGGAAGGGGCUAUUGGGCCCAAGACCGGAGGUGCCAGAGUCCAACCCUAACAGAUCGAAGCCCAGAGUUUUGGCGGAUGAGGCCUCGACUUCGGGUCAACAACCCCAGGCCCAAAUUUCGGUUCAACCAAUAA